GCGGAACAGUCUAUAAAUAGAAAACCCGGAACUAACAGUGGUGACAGCUGAGGGUUUCACACGUUUUCACUUUCGCUACCCAUAUUGUGAUUGACUUUGACAACUGACUGAUAUUUGGCGAAACAAGACAAAGCAACAUGUAUGGUGGUAAUGCAGAUGUAGAAAGUGGGUCCAUGCCUUCAAACUUUGAUCAGUUUAACUCGUUUACUGAGGAAAGUAUCAGAAAAGGUUUCAUCCGGAAGGUCUAUGCCAUCCUGUGUUGCCAGGUCCUUGUCACCAUGGCGAUUAUGUCCAUGUUCAUUUACAUUGAUGAGGUGAAAUACUACUCUAUACAUAAUCCGUGGAUGUGGUACCUUGCUUUUGCCAUGACCAUUGUGACACUGAUUGUGUUGGCGUGUUGUCCAGAGGUCCGACGGAACUACCCCAUCAACUUUAUUCUGUUGGCGGUGUUUACUGUAUGUGAAGGCUUUUUGCUUGGAACUGUUGCAAGCCACUACGAUGAGGACACUGUUUUAAUAGCUGUUGGCGUCACGGCUGUUGUGUGUUUGUCACUGACUCUGUUUGCAUUCCAGACGAAGAUUGACUUCACGAUGAUGGGUGGACUGCUGUUUGUCUUCUUCAUUAUUUUAUUCUGCUUCGGAAUCCUCUGUCUGAUCAUCAGGAGUCGAUUUGCCUCCUUGGCAUAUGCCUGUAUUGGAGCUCUCCUCUUCAGUGCGUAUCUGGUGUUCGACACUCAGCUGAUGCUCGGCGGUAAACACAAGUACGCUCUGUCACCCGAGGAGCACAUCUUUGCCGCUCUCAACCUCUACCUCGACAUCAUCAACAUCUUCAUCUUCAUCCUCAGCAUCUUCGGCCUGACCAGCGACUGACACCUGCCGUUGCCGUGGAAACAGUUCUUGGAUCAGUUAUUAAUAAUAUUAUUAUUAUUCCCCUGAUCGCUUUGUUCUAGUUUUAAUUAGCUUAACAAUGACGGGAUUGAAUUUUGUUAAACUAGAAAUUUGUUUUGGCCUUUUUUUUUAAAUCUGUUAUCCAAUACUUUCUCAUAGCUUUAAUUAUCCGGCGAGUGACACCUGCCAUUUCUAUAGAAACGGUUCUUGGACCCCGUUAUUAUUAUUCCCGAUUGCUUUGUUCUAGUUUUAAUUAGCUUAACAAUGAUAAGAUUGAAUGUGUGAAACUAGACAUGCGUUUUUUAGUAUGUUAUCGACUACUUUCUCGUAGUUUUAAUUAUGUUAACAAUUCAACAGAAUUUUUGUGAAACUAGAACUGGUUGUUAACUAUAGUCCUUCCCACAGGGAAUGCAUUUUUUAAUGCAAUGCAAUUUACUACAAGUUAUUUAUUGCUGAGCCGAUUGUUUUCUAAAUGAAAAACAAAAAUAGUUUUUUUAAAUUGUUAUUUCCAAAACUGAAAUUAUUUACAAAACACAUUUUUGAGGUAGGAUGGGACGGACUAUAGAAACAAUAUUUUGUUUUACCUGUUAUUGACUACUUUCUCAUAGUUUUAAUUAUCUUAAUUCAAAUGAAUGUUGGUGAAAUCAUAUCUGAUUGUUAAACUAGAUACGAAACAUAGAAACAGUUUUUAGACCUGUCAGUAGUAUUCCAACCACUUUCUUGUAACUUUAAUGAGCUUAACAAUUCAACACAAUUUUGUUAAACUAAAAUUGAUUAUGAAACUAGAAUGUUUGUUUUAGGCUUGUUGUUAUUCACUCAUCAUUUUCUAUUAGACUUACAUGUAAUUAAUUAGGUUAACAAUUCAACUGAAUUUUGUCAAAACAGAAUUCUCCUAGGCUUACGGUAAUUAUGUUAUUGGCUGAAUUUUUCUUUAACUACAUAUGAUUAAGGACUGUUCCAAAAGUAUCACAUGAUGAGGGGAGAGCUUAUUUUAAAAAUAUUCACUACCCUAAAAUGUAUAUAUAUUUUUUAAUAUCAAGUAUACUUUUGAAAAAAAUAUAUAACUGACCCACCAAAGGUAAAAUAAUAGAGUGUCUUCCACUCCAGUGUAAACAAUCCUGUGGUCCAAUUCACUAAACCCUUGCAACUUUAUGAUCUUGCAGCACAAUGCUAAAAGACACAGGGGUGACGCAAUGUUGCUUAAUGAAUUACGCCUCUGGAAUCUUUUUCCAAACAUUUUUCAGUAUUGCAUUCCAUCAUGAUGUUUAUUAAAUUGAAUUUGUGUUAAUAUUAGCUAUUUGUUAAACCACGUAUUAAUUAAUUUUAUUAUUGACACAGUUCAAAAUCUAUAGGGAAAUAUAACCAGUACGAUAUGUGUGACAUAACGAUUUUACACCACCAGCGAAUGUAAUCGCUUACCAAAAUGACGUUGUUUCAUGGUCUCCUUCUGGUUACUUUUGAAACAUUCCUUGUUAUCCUAUUCAUACAAAAAUAAUAAUGUGAAUAAUGUGGAUGAUAAAGAAAUUAUUACACUUGCUCUCGCUCAGGCAAUACAAGAAUCCUGACACUCGUUUCAUAAAAUCAGUAUAACACACACGAACGUGUAAUAAUCUCUGUGUAUAUUGGUCAGGAGCUUUAUUUGUUGACAUUUGAACAUCCGAUGAUUCUUCUGCAUUGGGAGUCUGAUAAAAGGCAGAUCCAGAGGGAGGGGGGGUCACAGGGGUCCCAUAACACACACACACACACACACACACACCCCCUGUCUAUUGAUGUUUUUUAAUGUUUUGUUUUAUUGUUGAUUCAUCAUCCACAAUAUACAACACUAAAUUGCCCUGAAGACACCUCUAUGAACAUAUUUAUUUCAAAAUUGGGGGGUGGGGAUCGUGCUCCUUGAACACACCCAUCCUCUCAUCCCACACCCAUGCAUAUCACAUGCAAAUUUUUCUGAAAAACGAGGUUUUAUGUUUCAAAAACUCCAACAAAGUGAUUUUAUUGCUUGAUUCAAAUUAUAUACCUUUGCAUCCCUUAUACAUGUUAUAGGUCAUACAAAACUACGUAUUAAAAACACAUGUUUAAAUAAAAAGAGUUGCUGUCAUUUUUGCAAAGAACAUAAUCAGUUGCUUGUCAGGCUAACAAUGUUAGCCCGUAAAUAUUAGUUUUACUGCUUGGUACCACCGACAUCAACCUGACUGACAAAUAUAGAUUGUCAAGGUUUCUGCCAGAGGGUAAAAGGGUAUGGCGCCAUACCCAAACAUUUUGCAAAUUUUAUUUUUUUAAGCUAACCAUUUGACAAAAUUAAUGACUGUUAUCAUUAUUGUAUGAUUUUUUUUAACCCUAACCCAUUUUCUUUCUGGGGGGGGACCACAGGUGCAUGCAGCACACACAUUGUAAAUAUUCAGUUCCAUAGCGCGAUACCCAAACAUUUCUUUCUGGCAGAAACCCUGAUUGUAGACAAGUCAAUAUUGUAUGCAGGGUAGUAAUAAAAUUGUGUUAUUUGUGGAAAAUGUUCGGUUUCCAUCAUGAAACCGACUGAUAAAAUACAUUGUGUAUUUAAUUUAGUACGUUUGUGCUAUCUUGUAAAAUGUUUAUGAAGUGCAGUAUUAAAAUUAUGUAGUAUUAUGUCUGGAGCAAACGUUAUUUCUAGUUUUUGGAACCCCAACAUAAAACUGGGUGACAGUUUGAAAACUCAUUGUAGUGAAGUGCUCCAUAUACUAGUACAGUAGAAUCUCGUUGGAUCGAAAUCUGAAGGGUCGAAUACACUGCAAGACACAAACCAAAAAUAAAGUCCCGAGUUACACUUACACAUUGUUGACCGAAUGAUUUGGGUUAACUACCAGAUGGAUUGAUCACUUUCUCGAGCACCGACGGGGUUCGAACCAACGGGAUUUAACUGCAUUUCAUUAUACUGAUAAAAAGAAAAAAAAGGAAGACUUAUCAUCAUCUCUAAUUCAUUACUAGCUAGUUGUGUCUGUUUAAAAUAUGAAUAUAUAAUAUUGUAUGUAAUGUUGCCAAUAAGGGGUUGAAUGUUGCUAACAUGGUUAGCUUCCAAAUGCUAUCGGUGAGGGUUUUGGUUGCAGUCUAUAUAUGCUGUUACUACUUUAGUGUUCCCAUAUUUAUUUAUUUUCAUCAGUAUAUCAUACAAUUGGUGCCCAACCCCAGAUACACGUCAGUUUGCUGUGUGUCUGAAGUGUUGUUGAAGUGUCUGAAGUGUUGUUGAAGUGUCUGAAGUGUUGUUUAUAUUGUUUCGUCCUUAGUGGUUGGCUUUGUCUUUCAAAUAUAUUCGUAUAAAACAUUCUGCAUUUAAUUUGGGAAAGUAAAUAAAGUGGAAGCUUUUUUUUCUUCUUUUGUAAAUUUGUAUCCCUACAAAACUUCUCUGAUUAAUGUUGUAAUCAUUUUGUAACAUUUUAUUUUGCAAAAAGGUAGUUGAUGAAAUAUGCUGGUUUCUAGCUUAUUUCACAGGCCUUUGGCUGGAAGACGUACACUCAUUCUGAACCCUGUUCAGUGUUACCACUGUAGGUAUUAUGUGUUGUUGAAUGAGUGAACAAAAUCUGUAUUAUAGUAAUUUAUUUUCUAUAUUGGUUGUUUAUCAUUAUUCAGGGAACAUUUUGUUUUCAAAAUUUCAAUUGGCAACAUAUCUAGUUAAUUGAAAAUUGAUUAGCAAAUAGAGUUUAAUGUUUUAAAAUUGUGUCAUGAUCUCUGAAACUUAGGUAGCUGAAUUGCAACAAGAAUUUUGAACAAAAUGUUCCCUCAUAUUACUGUUAAAAGUGUUUACAAUGUAUAAUUUUUGUCAUAUAUUCAUUUCACUGUUAACUUUGCUUAAAAUUCAGUGAUCACUUCUGGUGGGGGAAAAAAAAACCCACAAAACUCCCACAGUAGAUUUCCAUCUAAGCUGGAAUAUAUACUAAUGUGAUUAUACUUUAUACUUUACAUAUGUUUGACAACUUCCUUUGUUUAUAAUUUAUAUAAGUUCUUUACAUUAUCAUUAUCGUGAAUCUUGUAUCUUUUUAAGGUUAUUUACCUUAUCUGUUUUGCAUAAAAUGCAUUGUGCUAAAAUGGCAGUACAUCUAUAAACGACAUUCAAUUUUCACCAUGUGUAGCUACUAGAUGUUCAAACACUAGAAUGUCCAGAAACACAUUGGAUUUGCUAAAAUUAAUAAUUAAUAUGAGCUAAAACGUCAACUAAUGAGUAAUUUAACUAUUCUAAAUAAAAUAAAAAAAAUUAGUCACAAAUAUUUUACAGUGUUUAAUAACUAGGGUCAAUGACAAUAAAAAUGGGGUUUUUUGUUUUUGUUUUUAUAAAAACAGCAUAUUUUUUGUUUUUAUAAAAAAACAGCAAUUUUUUUUAAAGCAUUUCAAGAACUUGAAAAGAAAAUAACUACAUUUAACUAUCAAUCUUAAAUUUGUAUAUGUCAUGUUUAAAGAAUCUGAAGACAAAACUUGUCAUGUUGUUAAGUAAAUUCUGAUUGGUGCAUUUGUUGGUGGCAUGUAGGCUGUGAUUGGUUGUAUUGUUUGGUAAUACUUUUCCACUGUAAUGGUCCUUUUUUUUUUACAGCAUUGAAAUUAAAAUUUCUGUAGAUCGGUUGAAAUCCAACAGUGUGCUUUAAAAUAUUCAGACUUUUACAUUUUAGAUCAUGUUUAUUAUUACCUGAAUUAACACUGGGAAGUGAGUUAUUCUCCCACUAAUAAAUACUGUUUGUAAAUUCAGUCUAAUGUUUAGGGGUUUUUUAAUAAUGAAGGACAACAAGCAUGUCUCUAGGCUGAAACUCGUAAAAUAUAAGAAAUUUGGCAAAUUUGCUAAGAAAAUCAGUCACUAAAUUCAAGUUUCAUUUGAACUUAUUGGCAUAUUGGUAAUGGAAUAAUACAGUCAAACCUGUCUUAAGCGGUCACACAAGGGAGUAGAUAAAAUUUGCCGCUUAAGACAGGUGGCCGCUGAGUACAGGUUGC